AUGGCCUCUGUGGAUUCCAACGUCUCAAAAGGUGAUUUGGAGGCAAUUCGUGUGGGAUUAGGGUUGCAUACGGAUGGAGUAAAGGCCGACCUUUUGCAGAGAUUAAAGACCUUUUCAGCUGGAAGAGAACAUGAGAGAAGUUUGUUCUUGGAGGAAAAUGUUGACAUCGACAAUAAGCAAAAUGAGAUAGCUUCGCUUAUAUCGAACCAGCAGGAAACAGUGGAUGUUGAUGAUUCCCAAAGAAAGUCACAGAAGCGUAAGGUAGAAGAAUAUAAUGAAGAAACAGGACAAGAAAAAGUGAUAUUAGAAUUUAAAUGGCUCGAAAAGGCGAUUUUAGGGUUUAAGGAAGAAUUAAAUUCAGUAGCGGCACAA